AGAAAAUUGAAUUCUUCAGUGCGAUCAUCUCUGAGUCUUCACCUUUUCUUUGGAUUCAGUAUUGCAAAAACCCUCAUGAUCGAUAUUUCGUUUCGACACCUACGAUCUUGUUAUUGAGAAAAAAUCAUGGUGUUGAUGGUUCUUUCUGGCCGUGCAGCAGGGGCUGUUGCAUCAUCCUCGUACGCAAGAACGCGUGUGCAACAUCUGUUGGGAAGUAAACGAGGUGGUUCCAUUAGGUUUCACCUUUCAACAUCCAAACCAUCGAUCUCAUCAGGAGCCUUUCGAUACGCAACAAGGAGACCUCAGCUUCAUCAUGUUCGCUUCUUCAGUGCUGAUACCGCCGCCGUGAAACCGCGAAAAAGUAAAUUUACUGUGGUUGCAAGGAGUGCAUUUGGCGUAGGCUUAGGGGUUGGUGCUGGUUUGCUUUACUGUAGCAAAAAAAAUGCCGAUGUAGAAGCAAAAAACGAUUCUAUUCGUGCGAAUACCAUCGAAGAGAGGCUACCGUCAAGAGAAGAGGUAACAAGUAGACGGACAACUACAAUAGAAACUUUCACAUGCCAACUGCUUUAACUGACACUUCUAGGAAUAAGACAUGCUUGAAUUCCAAAUUUCCGCUUUUGUUGUCCUGAGCGUUGUAUCUUCCUCGUAGUCGAAGCUGUUGCUGUUGAUAUCUAUUCUACUUUUUCUCGUAGUGCAUCUUCUGUUCAGCAUCUCGGCACCCUGUCCAGCACGACGAUGUUGUAAGUAGAUGAACAUGUUCUGUCGACCUCCAUGAGAAAACCCCCUACCCCUUUCCGGAUAAAGAUUGUUCAUUCCCCUGCAUCCUCAGAUUAUAUCCCGACUGAGAUCGGGUGAAGAGUUCGAUUUGUUAGUUGUCGGUGGAGGCGCGACUGGCGCCGGUGUAGCGCUUGAUGCGGCCACUCGUGGCCUAAAAGUCGCCUGUGUUGAGCAGGAGGACUUCGCCUCUGGUACCAGCUCGAAGAGUACCAAGCUUCUGUGGGCGGGAAGCCGAUAUCUGGUGCUUGCCAUGACAAAGCUUUUCCAUCCGUACGCAGUUACGGAUCCACUCAAAGCGGUGACCGAUUUUAAAGGUAAGUAACAGCGAUGAUCAACAUGAUGAAGGACCACCAAUAUGCUCCAGUAGCUGCUUUGAUGUUGAGACGACUUUUCUAUCUUCGCGCAACGAGUGAUGAAGCUGCAUAAUAACUAUGAACUUCAUAAAAGAACGUCAGCCGACGCAAUAAACACUACAACAAAAAAGCUGACUUCAAAUUCUUGAAGUCGAAUCUUCAGAUUCGUUUAACAUGGUUCUGGGUUGCUUCCAGGAGCGAUCGUAUAUGUUGCAAAUGAACCCGCAUUUGACGUAUUGGGUCCCAGUUGCAGUGCCAAUUAAGCAUUGGAUUAUUUGGCCACCACCUUUCGGCUACGCUCCCGCUGCGCUCGGUCCCUGCACAGGGCUCUAUGCGUUCUUCUUCAAGUUUUAUGACUCGUUAGGUCUUUUCGCGUCACCAAACAGCUACACGAUGUGGCCGGAGACGAUCAAGUUCACCUUUCCACAACUACAUGCGGAAGCAUUGAAAUAUUGCAGGUAGGACAACUAAUUUUGGCACUCUACUUUUUUUCAUAAGAUUUUUAUGCCAGCAGGUAGCACGUUCAUCUCUUGCUCUUGAUGAACGAACAAGCGACGACUGUAACAUCUAGACAUUUGCAUGUUUUCGAUGAUUAUUGAUUCCAUUUUCCAUCUCCGUCGACGCAGCGUGUUCUACGAAGGUGGGCACAACGACGCAAGAACUAACCUAGCUAUUGCCUUCACUGGAAUGCUGAAGGGAGCGGCCAUCGCAAAUUACGUCAAGGUCGAUGAAAUCUUGUUCGAUCAUAAAGGACACGCGACCGGUGCCAUCUGCAGCGACGUCGCAGAAGGAGGAGCACCGAUGAAAAUCCAAGCCAAAAAAAUCGUAUACUGUGGAGGACCCUUCACAGACGGGCUCCGAAGGCUCAGCGAGGUAGAAACUUUUCUAGUACAUAGAUCAAGUAGAUGAAUGAUUAACUGCUACAAUCGGAGAGCUUCUAGCUCUACAAAUAGACUCAUGUAGACCUUGAAGUUGCACGACGGAGUAGAAGACUUUGCUCCUAUUACCACCGACAAAACGUACUUGAUAUACAGGGCGGCGGCGAUGGGUUCAAGCGAGUGGUGAAUGGUGCCGGGGGAACUCACAUUGUCAUUCCUGCUCAUUAUUGUCCUCGCGAUAUCGGCAUGUGCGAUAUGCAGACGAAACGUGGCAGCUAUCUCUUCUUCUUGCCGUGGCAGGGCCACACGCUUGUCGGCACAACUGAUGUGAAGACGAAGGAGGAACCCACACUCCAUGGCCAUGCCAUAGAGGAGCAAGGUGGAUCCUCCACUAAAAAACCGGCAGAGAAGUUUUCGCUUGAAGCUGACAUAGAGUACCUCGUAUCAGAAUGCAGCAAGUACUUGCGACCAGAGCUGCAGGUGCGCCGCAGCGACGUUCUAUCUUUAUGAGAGGUGUAAAAAUUGUCGUCCAUCAUGUGCUGAUUUUGAUGUUCCUUUUGAUCCCAAUGAGAACCUCUGAGCACCAGAAGUUCUAGUAGCUCCUAGAUUUCAGUUUCACUUUCAGUUUUUCUAUGCGUUCUGCUCUUUCUAAUCUUCGCAUGGUAUGGUGUGCGCCCACUCGCGGUGGACCCCAACGCGGCAGACUCUACCUCCGCUUCCCGAGAUCACGUGGUGAGCUAUAACCCUGAGAAUGCUGUCACGUUUGUGUCUGGCGGCAAGUGGACGACGUGGCGAGAAAUGGCAGAGGAUGCAGUGGAUAAAGUCCUCCAAAAAGACGAAAAGUUGAAGGAAAAAGCUGGCCCGAGCCAGACCUUGCAGACUCCGCUGAUCGGCGCUGGGAGAAACGGAGAUUUCGCACCGACGGGAUAUACAAGGAGCCUACCGUCAAAGAUCUCGCGAGAAUACGGACUUGACCCGGAAGUGGCACAUCACUUGGUAUAAUUCUCCAUCAUGUGCAACCUUAUAAGGUUAACGUUGUUGGACUACUAGUCUUGUUAGAAGUUUUUGUAAAUCUAAAUGCUUUGAUGAGGUUUUGCAGGCGAUCGUGAUUGUUUUCAUUUCUAGCUACUUGGUAUGAGCCGUCAUCAAAAGCGAAUCGAACAAUGAUGCAUAGGAAUAAAUUAUCCAUGAUCAGGUAAACACCUAUGGGACCCGCGCUUCUGACGUGCUGGCGUGUGCUCCCGCUGACAGCAAGAAGUUUUCCCGAUUGAGUCCUGUUGAGGGCGCGCCGAUGCUCGAAUGUGAGGUCGUAUAUGCGGCGCAGCACGAACACGUGUGCUCGCCGAUCGACAUCCUGGCACGCCGUACUCGGUUGGCUUUCGUCGACUCCGAGGCGGCGCAUAACGCAGCACCACGUGUUAUCGAACUGCUUGGCGACAUCCGAAACUGGUCUCCCGCUCGUCGCGCGCGUGAGCUGCAGGCCUGCCGUGAGACGCUC